CCAUGUAUUUCCAACUGUGAUUCAACCUGCUUGCUCUACCUGAGCCUGUUUGUGUGGCAGCAGUGCCACCUCCUGCUGAGCUCAGCACAGAGCACAUUAGCAGCCUGUCAUGCUGCUCCUGCUGCUGAGAGGAUUACACAUCAUAUCUACUGUACAUGACCGAGGUGACCCGAGGAGGCAGAUUGGGACUGAUGAAUGACACCUGCAUGCAACAAAUUACCCCCACUUUAUACUCGAGCCAUGCGAAUCAAACAGCAUUAUUUUCCAUUUUAUUCGACACUAUAAUGUAACAGUGAGAGAAAGUCAGCCUCACGUGUGCUACCGUACUGUUAAAAUCAACUCUCCAUGCGUAAUUGAGCCACUGCAGCGCACGAGGCGACGGCAACAUCUGCGAGAAAAACUAAUUCAGGGAGAAACCAGAAAAUGGGUUAAAAAAUCAGUUUGUGUCCCUCGCCUGCAGCACCCAGAAGUGAACAGCAGGCGACCCGGAAGGUUUGAAGUCCGACUGAGAGCGAGCAGAAAGAAGAGUCCAAUCCUGUAUAAAAUAUUUCUUCUCUCGCUGCUUCAGGUAUGUUGGCCGCUCGAUGCAAAAACCUCUCCCUCCUUUUUAGCUCUUUUUCUCUCACAUGCACCUUUCCCAUCUCGCUUCGUCACCCCUUUUUUUAUUUAAGUGACGCAAAAGUUGCAUUAAAAGGAGACUAUUCGCAGCGCAGAGGUGUUCAAAGAUUUCGUUUCUUCUUUCCGUGCGAAUAAAAACUCUCAUUACGCGCCCGGAAUUCACGUCGACGUUUGGAUUUAUGGCUCGGCAGCUGCAGAGCAUUGAGCUUCAGCAUGAUGAUUGUUGUAGGAAGUGUCAGGCUGUGUUUUUUUUCCUCCUCCUAAAGCCGGGCUAUUCAAACCUGCAAAUCAAAGUAAACAAUCGUUCGUACGCCUUAUGCAAAUAAGCCACAUCCCGACGCAUCGCCCGAGCGUUUCAAUGCAUGAGGAGAUUCAGCUCCUUAUAAUAUUCGGAUCUGCAGAAUAUGGCGUCCACUGCUUAUAAAAAUAAGACAGGGCUGCCAUUUUUGUUUUCCUUUUGUCUGAAAAUUUUUAAUAAACUGUCUGAGAAUGUGGGAGAGGCGGCGGACAGAGCGAGGCGCUGCGGAGGACAAGAUGAUGCUCUCAUUUACAGCUAGGUUACUCAUCCGCUUCUCUGUCUUUUAUUUUGGUGAAGGAGGGAUAAUUCAGCACAUCAGACACAGAAAGAGGAAAAAAGGCAAAAAGUUAAGCCUAACUUUUGCCUCAGACUUGUUUCUUUUUUUGUCAAUCUGAGUGUAAUGGCUAAAUUUUUGAGUAGUUUGAGUGAAGCUGCAGAGAGGAGGCUUCAUUCACACUCUGAUUAUAAAUAAACUAUGUUAACUCUGCUGUUAGGAUUCAUAUCAAACCUACAAAAACAUCACCCACACUUAUAAAAACUGUCCUUACAGAGUCUACAGCAAGUUAGCCUUACAUUACUUCACUCCCACUCCCUUUAUGUUUUGUUGGUAGGUUGUUCCAGUUUGCUUUUUAAAGCUACUGUAAGGAGUUUUUGACUUUGAUGCCACAAACACAAACAAGAUCACCAGCAAUAGCUUUGUCCUUAAUAACUCCUCAUGCCUAUGACUGCUGUUAUAGUUAGUGGAUGUCAGAUGAGAUUUACAGCACGGUGAAGAAAACCUACCCUAUUUUUCGCACUAUAAGGCGCACACAUAGACUGUAUAUACUAUGGACAACUUGGUUCCGCCUACCGCCAGUUUACGGAUUUGAAGCCAAAAAACUGUCCGUUUUUUCUGGGAUUUUUCUUAAUUUCCUGAAACAGUGCUGCGCAGUAGCAAUGCACGCCCGUCAGUGUGAUGGCGCUCGGCUCAAACAGCGUAUCCCCCCCGGAUGAGCUACGCAAUCCCCGAACGCCAACUCUCGGCGACUCUCCCGCCAAAUGCGCACAACGCUACUGCGUAAUAUUGGUUUCGGAAAAUGAAGAAAAAUCGGCUUCAAAAAAUUUCGGCUUCAAAUCCGUAUACAGGCAGGAGGCGGAACCAAGUUGUCCAUAGUAUAUACAGUCUAUGGCAUAACUUUUAAAAGAAAGCUGGAUGUCUUUUUUGUCAUAAACAUGACCUAUGAAUGUGCAGGACAACAUUAGCAAAAAGAUAAGCAGUAUCACUUUAAAAAAUCUUUUUGAUUUUGCACCUUACUAAAUUUUUUUAUCCUUCACGUCUGCAGUUUAAUGCCUAUGAGUCCCACUGAGCAUUUUUUGGUCUAAAAGAGGUCUAACAGACGUCUAAAUGUAGCCAAGACGACUGGUCUAAAAUCAGACUACCACAGGUCUAAAAAUAAACGUUUUUUAGACAUCUAAAUUUAGACCGAGUUCAGACUAAAUCUAUGUCUGGGCUAUAUCGAUACUACACUGUAUAUUGGUCAACGGCUAUCAUAAUUAUUUUGGUUAAGUACUUGGAGAUCAGUUAUGCAACUCACAGUUGCUUUUUUAAAUAAAUAGUUAUCCAAUAAUGGGUUAAAGUGCAACAUCUAAAUUUGUCUAAAAAUAUACAGAAUCUAGACGGUUGAAAUUAGGUCUAAAAAAACUGGACAUCUAAUAGUCGUCUAUUGCUCAGUGGGGUGGAUGAAUUUCAAAGUAAGCAGUAAAGCCUGUUUUUAAGAUUUUUCCCAAUGUGACCGACCAAAAGUUAUUCUUUCAGGCUCAAGUUGGCCACAGUAAUUAAAAAUAAUAAUAAUAAUAAUAAUAAUAAUAAUAAUAGAGCUCCAGCAUUAAAGCUUGUUAAUUAUUAGUGUAUCAGACCAAAGUACAGAUUCAAUAUGGAUUGAAUAAAUGAAGCAGUUCAGCAAAUGUACUGAAUCUGAUCCACUAUAAAUCAAGCAAAUACUAUUUAAUAUUAAUUGCAUUAUAGUCUAGCAUCUUUAAAAAUAAAAUGUUCACACUUUUACAUGUUUAACAUCUAAAGAAAAUGAAAAACAAAAACAGACUUUUUACAUACAGCAUCUUGUGCACUGGGAUGUUAUAAAUAGAGAUGAAAUCAGUUAAUUUAAUAAAAUUAAAAUGCAGAUUAUUUAAAUGUCCAAUAACAGCCCUUUUAGUGUAGGAUGCACCUGCAUUGAAAAAACAAGUUUAUUUACCUUAACCUCAAUAGCUGUAUAAGCAGUAUUAAUCUAUUCAGCUUGAUAGAGACCUAGCUGUUGUUCUCCAAGAUACAAAAUCAGGUUUAACCGUCUCAAGUGCUCCCCAAAGUUGUGCAGUCAAGACUACUAUGGUUAUGGUCCUUGCUAAAGUUGGAAGGACUCGUAUAGUGUGAAGGACUCCUGUACAGUAAAGCCUUAGAGGGACUGCAUAGGAACUGUUGACCAUACAUCUCUGCCAUUUAUCAUUUACGGUGAAGACUGUCAGAUUAAAAGUGACAAAGAUGUCCAGCAAGUCUUAAUCCUGCUCCUGUGAGGCAGAGAGCCUCCAGGAAGUGAAAGUGAUCCCCUCUGGCAUCAUUGGAGAAAUAUUCUGUGGGGUUUACUGUACGCCUGUACCUCUGAACGUAUCAAUUUUGUUUCUCUUGGCCCGCAGACGGGGACUGUGUUAUGCUUCUGCUAAACCAAACAGACUUAGGAAUGGUGAAGUGUGCCAAAACACGCAGAGUUAAAUGUUUUAUAAAAAGAACUUCAGAGACGAGAGGGAGAGAAAGGCCUUAAAGAUCAUAUAUUCAAGAAAACAGCUCCAUGUAAUAAAAGAAUGAGGAUUCAGCCCUUAUAGCCUUUACCCCCCUUUUCUAUUUACACCAAAAAGAGCGUCAUUCAGUCACAUCCUCUUUGUCAAUCAAUGCUUUUUAUGUAAAAGUAUGUUUCACUUACCUUACUACUUUAUACAGGUCCUGUUUUGCUCCAACGGUUUGCCUUUAAUCCAUCAGACUGUUCACCGGUCAUUGCCCCAUGUGUGUCGAGCAGCAGACAGAUUAGCAUCUGUGCAACAUCACUUGUAACAUUUCUGUUUUCUGUGAUAAUAACCGCUCUGAAGCUGUUACAAUCAUGUGAGAGCUUAUCUCUCCGGCAGCAAGCCCAUCAUGGUGGCCUGUGGUUGGAAAUGCUAAGAAAAAGCUGACCGACUUCUUUGUCACCUGUAAAUUUCCCAUUGAAACAGUUAUGAGGAGCUGUGAUGAGUCUUAAGAAGCAUAGAAAAGUGUGAAAAACACAAAGAUCUCCUCUUCUUUUGGAAAAUGUACCGUGAUCAAACUGGGACUAAUUGAACGGUCAGCUGCUGCUCGGGUGGAGGGCUGCUGACACAAACUUUUCAACGAAGACUCUAACAAUAGAUCAUCACAUCAUUUUACUAGAGGCAGUUUCGGGGAAUUUGCUAAAACCCUGGACUAAAAACAACCCGAAACAUAGUUCGAUUAAAAACAGGAGAUGAAGUUCAUUUCACACAGAUUCACAUUUUUCUGUUUCUUUCAAUUUCUCCCUGUCUUUUAUAGUUUUUGAGAAGUUAUGCAUUUCAAAGAUGAGAGUAAGAAAAUUGAGUUACUCACCUAUUCAAUGUCUGUUUGAAGGGAAAACUGUGUUGUGAGUUUGACCGAAAUGUCCUGAAUGCUUGUAGUGAUGCUAGCAUUGACUGCUCCCUUCACUUUCUUUAUGACCCUUGUGUUUUAUUUCAGGAUGGCUGAACCGCGCUUUAACAAUCCCUAUUUCUGGCCUCCACCUCCUGCCAUGCCUGGCCAGGUGAGUGAUGCUGGUAUUCUGUCUCCUGUACACACACAUUAACCUCGACCAGCAGAGCCUUUUUUAUUGUAUGCUUUCUGUGUAAAGGUUUCUUUUGUUUGUUAAAGUAUUUUGGACAAUUUUCAGUUUAAAAGGAGUUAGAAAUCUCAUCUUCUGUGGUAGGAAUUACUUAAUCAGAUUAAUAUUCCUCUCUGACUGUAGUUUUGAUUUAUAAGAAACUGCAGCCAGCAGCAAAACAAAAACAAACUGACAACAAAAUUCUUUUAUUUUCAAUAAUUAUUUGGUAUUUUAGACUUGUCUUGGGUUCAACUCUAAAGAAGGGAAAAUUGAGAGUUUAAAGGGAUAUUAGUUUAGGGUGAAACACACCAUAACACCAAGUUAGACACCCCUUCGAGAUAUGAAUGUUGCUGACUGCUUGCUUCUCCAGUUAUACCAACUUUAGUAACGACCGCACGAUAGCAAUACACAGCGGUCUACGUCUCCACGUGCAAACCUCAACCAAAACACCACUCUAUAGCCACAAAUAAUGCUCAGAACAGCACCUAACUGCAUCAACAGUACAUAUAGGGUCCUAGCCAUAGUACUAGCCACCAAACAUCUUUUUAACUUUGCCUGAUUUCUUUAGCAAAGAGACUAAACACAACUCACCUACUCUCUUACAGCAGCCGCUUGUUCGUAGUGAGACCUCAGGCCAGUCCAUUACAGACUACAGUGGGGUGACACAGCUCAAGGAAGAACAUUUAUGAUCAUUACUUAAUCAUUUCAUGGAAGUAAUAAUCACCAUAUUAAUCAUUUUGCACUGCAAACGCGGUAGUUCUAUCCCUUUAAGACAUGCUAGUUGUCAGAUUUAUUUACUUUGGAAAAGGGCCAUUCUUGCUGUUUCCCACUGUGCCCAGUAGGGAUGGGCGAUAUGGGCUAAAGAAUUUUAAACAAUUAGAUUUGUCAUUCUGGCGAUAAACGAUUAAAGUCCCAAUAAAAAAUACAAUAAUUCCAAUCUAUAUUUUUGACUCAUUUUGUCUCGAGAAAAACCAGCUGGAAUUGUCAAAUAAGAUACUUAACCACAAGUUUGAGUGGUAAAUUAUGGAGAAAACUAAUGAGAUCAAAUAAGUCUCAAAUGUGAAAACAUUUUCAACAUUUGUUGAAAACUCUUAUUGCACAGAGUAAACAGCAGCAGCAGAUCCUCUGUUCGAUGUCAGGCAGACCUGAUCGCACUCAUCCAAGCCCCCAAUCUUGAAGGAAAUCCCUCAUGUGGAGCCUCAUUCAGUAACAAGCUGCUCAGAAACGUCUUCUUAAUCACCUUUGGCCAUGUUUGUUUGUUAUUCUGCUCUAUGUGGGCUAUGGCUGUAAGUCCAUCGCUCGCGCUUACGUCAUCAACUUGCAUUUAUCGCGCUUAUCAUGGAGGAUUUUUCUGACAAUAUUUCUAGAACGAUAAUUCACUGCCCAUCCCUAGCUCCCAGUUCGUGUACUAUCUUACUCCAGCUGUCUUUAACAACAUCUGUCCUCUCACCCUGUAAUCAGCAGGAUGCUGUUAAGCCCUCUUGUCAAAAAACCAAGCAAUUAAUUAAGACUGGGAUUCCCAAGCCAGGGUUAUUUAUCUCAGCCCAAGAUAAAAUUCAGGGGUCUUUAAGUGAUAAGUGUAUCAGAUCAGCUGAGACCAAAUGUAGAUACAAACAUUAAACACAGUGUCAUGAAAAGAUUACUCCACACUAACCAAAAAGUAAAUGAAAACCUAUUAAAAAAAUACAAAACCUACGGGAAUGACUUUUAAAAUUAAAAAAGAAAAACUGAUCUUCUUAUUUAAUUAGUUGAAAUUCAUUUAAAAAAAGAUAUUUUAGAUUAACACAUGUUUUACAAACCCCUUGAAGAUUUUGCUUUUAUUAUUUCACCUCUGCUUGUUUUGAAAUACUGGAUGGUUUUAACCCCAGCCCACAAAUAGUCCAUUAGCUCUUGUAAAAGCUUGUCCAAAGGGAAUCUCUGGGUAGUAUUUAAGUUAUAGGUGACAAUAACAGUGAGAAAGUUUUGGAUGCAGUGACACAUACCAGCCACUAGAGCCUACAGCCUCAUAAAGUAGCAUUGACUGAACUGAUUGCUGUUUUCUUGUCACAAAUGCCGUUUCCUGCCUGUCAGCUGGAUAACCUAGUCUUGAUCAAUAAAAUCAAGGAGCAGCUGAUGGCAGAGAAGAUCAGACCACCCAAUCUGCCCGCUGCCUCAGUCCCCUCCUCCCAGCAGUCCUUACUCCCCCCACACAGCCAGGCGGAGAGCGUCCAUCACGGGAUGUCCAAAGGCCAGCAGAUGCCUGUACUCCACAGCCCGUCUCAGCCUGACAUCGCUCUGCACGCGCGGCCCGCCUCCAGCUCUGUCACAGGUAGUCUGACCCCUCGAUCACAUCCACUGACUUCACUUUAUUCUGAUCCUGCUGCAGAGUUCAGCAUCAGCCUUUAUUUUUUCUGUCGUAGCAUACUGUUAUGGCGUAUUUAACAGCUCUGAAAACACACUACAGUCUCUGGAAAAUCUUAACAUCUCCUGUCUCUCUCCAGCAAUUCUGUCUCAGGCAAAAAUCUCCAUUAUACCUCUUUAGGAACUGAAGAAAACCAUUGCUCGGGAUCACAGUCAGGAAAUAAAAAAUGUUUUUAAUGUGAAUGAAAAUUUCCUGUUUGUUUUUCCAGGUCGUAUUCUGGGGGAUGUGAAUUUGAAUCUCGAUGAUAAGGCAGCUAUUAAAGCCAGAGGAUUAUGGGAAGACUGGCAUUUACGUCAACUGAUAGACCACCCCUCCAGAACAAACCACGUUUCAGGUAAGGCAGCUCGCUCAUAGAGCCGGUGUGAGGUGUGAGGGAACUUCACUGACAGCGUCUGUCUACAUUGUGCUGGAUUUAAACUAGGGCCCGACAGAUAUGGAAUUUUUGGGGCCCAGGCCAAUACCGAUUAUUAGGGGGGAAAAAAAUCUGAUUAUCGAUUAAUCGGCCGAUUUUUGAAAUUUAUUACGUUAUAAAAUAUAUAUAUAUACAGUAUAUAUAUAUAUAUAUAUAUAUACCUUUUCAGAAUCUGGCCCGACAUCUCUGAAUUUACCUAAAAAAAAAAAAAAACUGAUUUCAUUAUAUUCUUGUCUUCACCUUUGCACCCAUCAGGUGUCGCCGUGCAGUAUGUGGUGCAAUUCAUAUUUCGCACAUGAUUUAUCAAACUGUAAAGUAACAAUUACUUUUUGUUUAUUUGCACAUUUUUUAUUUAUUUUAUUUUUUAUUUAUAUCAUAUUUUUUGUUUAUUCGCAUACUUUAAUUGUAUUUUUAUUUCUUAUUUUUAAAUUUUUUAAAUUAUUAUUUUUUUCAAUUAAAGAUAGAUCUCUGAAUUUAUCUUAACAAAAAUAACUGAUUUCAUUAUAUUCUCCUCUUCACCUUUGCACCCCUCAGGUGUGGCCCUGGCAUCCAGAACAGGCAACCUAAACACCUCGGAGAUCAUCACUCCUACCACCCCCACCUCCAGCAGCCACAGCCGGCUGGGUGGAGCCCCCACACCUCACCUCAUCUCAGGAUUAACCUGCAGCCACAGCCUGGAUCCCGGGAAAAACACCGGGGGACUGGUGGGACUCCUUGGCCCUCCUCCAAAGGAAGAACGAGGGCGCAAGAAGAUCAAAGCUGAGAACGGGUCUUCACUUUUGGUGGUGCCCUACCCAAUCCUCGCCUCAGGCCACGACCAGUGCGUCACCAUCACCACCAAAGAGGGAAAAACCUACAGGUGUGUGUGAAGUAUUUGACACUCUCCUCUUACUCUCAAAUAAUUAUAACACUUCCAUGCAUUAUACUUGUUGUAUUGUAGACAUAAACGAGAUACAGAUCCUGCAGAGGUAGCAGUAGAUCAGUCUGCAGGGACUGGGCUUCGGUUACCAGUCUGACUCUUAUUAUAAACUCCUAAAACCUUCUUUUUUCUCAUUUGGCAAACUGGUGAACUAUGAGACAAUUGCAAGUUUGAUAAAAUUAAAGUUACAUCAGAGGAAAAAGAUUCAAGAAUGAUCAUCGUAGACAUCAUCGUGGUAGUAAAACAGUGUCUGUGCAUAGCUCUAGUUAACACUUUUUAAAGGUUAAAGGUUUAAAAGUUAUUUCUUUGUCUUAGACUUAUAAUGCUAUUGAGUUCCCCCUAAAUGACUGACCAUACUUCAAGUUGGGGUUUUGAGCAAGAUCCUGUCAGAAACAGAAGUGGUUAACUAGCCUGGGACCUUGCUUCUUUCUCAAUUAUGCGGCUAAAAAGGAAAAAACAUGCAAGUCACCGUUUAAAGCAAAGCAAAUAGAUCGUCACUUAUCUGACUGAGCUUCUCCUGUCUGUUUCCAGGUGUAAAGUGUGUCCGCUGACCUUCUUCUCCAAGUCAGACAUGCAGAUUCACUCCAAAACCCACACAGAGGCAAAGGCUCACAAGUGUCCUCACUGCACCAAGUCCUUCGCCAAUGCGUCGUACCUCGCCCAGCACUUGCGCAUACACCUGGGCGUCAAACCUUACCGCUGCUCGUAUUGUGAGAAAUGCUUUCGACAGCUCUCUCAUCUGCAGCAGCAUACCAGGUCUGAUCCUUUAGAUUCCAUUACAUCCAUUAUUGUUUUUUACCUGAUGUUGUGCAUGUACCAGUGCAGCACUCUGUUUUUAUAGAUACUAAAUCUAAGGAAGAUUCACUUUUAUCCUUCUAAUGAGCCUUAGUGUUGAGUCGUUCGCGAAUGAUUUGUUCAGAAGAACCAGAUCUUUUUAGUGAACGUACUUAACCGAAUCACUUCCUCAAGUGAUUCGUUUAUUUCUCACUUCAGUUGAGGGCAGCCGCCAUAGCAAGCAGCAAUGUAGGGCGAGCAGCCGACAAGCGAGGGACAGAUGCGCCAAUGCGUAAAUCACUUGGUGAACAAAUCACGCAGUGAAUUAUACUCUCUGGAAUCAUUUUUGUCUGAGGGAUAGACUUUCAUGGCGACUGUGUUCCUCGUUGUUUUAACAAAUUUAGUUCCCAAAUAAACAAUUUAAAACGUUUGGCUGGCAGUAAUGAGAAGAGAGCUGUAGCAAACUCUUGACAGGAGCGACGGAGGGAGAUAGGGGUGUGUUAUGUCCAAGUGUACCUCAGAGAAAGCUAACUUUUUUUUAAACUCAGCUAAAUUGACACCACAACAACUUGCAUACAGGAGGACACAGCAUGUAACAAAUAGUGUAUAAAACCCGCAGUUUGAGAAAUGCGUGACUGUCUGAUCCUAUCACUGCAGCGAUUUGCGAGGGAACGGUUCAUGUUCAGUGUGAAUUCUUCUCUGAAUGUCCUGUGGGGUAAACAUUCAGUGAAUGAGUCACUCACUGAGCCCAAUUUACUAAGUAGAUAAAUAGCAUGCCAUUGGACAGAACACUCAAAAAAUCAUGAUUUAUAAACAAGUUCAUUUUUAUAAACCUGUUUAUCAAAGUAACACAGCCACAACACUCUCGUCUGUGUAUCAGUUCAGGAGGUCGGAGUCGCAGCCUCCGCUGCCAAGCCAUGAAUGAUUCAGUGAUUCGGUGAACAAGUCUUUUGAACAAAUCUUUUUAGUGAACUGAUUCUAGUGAUUCAGCACAUCUAAAAGAACUGCCAUGCCCAUCACUUUUGACCCUCUGCUGUAUGAAUUUGAGUGGAAAAAGGGCAAAUUUGACCUGAAAAUCAUCACACUUACAGUACAUUUCCAGCUUAUGAAGUCCACAAAAUGGCACUUUUUUUUGCAGGGUAAAAAUGCAGGUACUUUUGGAGUUGUUCUGAGAAUCUGUGGCUGCUUUAUUUCACGUGUGUGUGCCACUAGGGAAAAGAAUAAACUGUGCCAUCCUGUUUUUUUCUACUGCAGAAUCCACACAGGAGAACGACCGUACAAAUGUGCCCAUCCUGGAUGUGGAAAAGCUUUUACUCAGCUGUCUAAUCUGCAGGUAAACAUCAACUCCUCAUCCACCUCUUUGUAAGUACUUCAAUUCACCUCAUCCUCAUUGUUUAAUUUUUGUUUUUUUUUCCUUUUAAGUCUCACCAGCGGCAGCACAACAAGGACAAACCCUUCAAAUGUUCCAACUGUUAUCGUGCCUAUUCAGACUCCGCCUCCCUGCAGAUCCACCUGUCUGCACACGCCAUCAAAAACGCCAAGGCCUAUUGCUGCAGCAUGUGUGGCAGGGCAUACACGUCUGUAAGUAAAGGAGAAGACUUAAAAGUUUGAGCUCUCGGAAACUUCAAUAUAUCUGAAGAUAUUUUCUUUCUUUUCCUGCAGGAGACGUACCUUAUGAAGCACAUGUCCAAACACACUCUGGUGGAGCAUGUCGUAUCCCAUCACUCCCCUCUGCACAGGACAGAGUCUCCCGCCAUCCCUAUACGGAUCUCCCUCAUCUGAGCUCCUCGUUAGCGUGACCCCUCUAUGGACUCUGAACCCAAAGACAGGUUCCAAAAAAAAAGUGCCGGAUCGUUCAAGUAUGUUGUGAAGAGGAGCUCUUUUAACGAGUUUUCCCUCAGUUCCUUUCAUGCUGACCAGAUAGUAUUAUCGAGGACAUCCAAAGAUGACUUCUCAGCACUUUCAGGCCUGAAAAUGACGGGCCUUAAAAUUUCUUUUUUUAUGUGACUUAACAGGAAAAAAAUAUUGUUCUGGGCAGCUACAUGGAAAAUCUUUCAAAGUAUUAUGUUAUUACACAUUAGGGUGUUUUUGUCCAUUUUUUUUGUUUUUGUUUUGUUUACAGAAAUGUCUUUGCAAAAAUAACUAAACAAAUUAUACACCAGAAAUGGUCUUCCAUUAGCUGGGUUGCCAAGUGAACAUUAAGGUGAAUGCUUAUAAAAAGUGUAUUCAUGUAUAUUGUGCUACUUUCUAUGUCUGUGUUUGCAACGUCUCACCAGUCACACUGCGCACAUAAAUCACGAGUCAAUGUUUCUGUUGUAGUAAGUCUCACCAAGUUGCCAGCUUUACCCUGACCUCAUAGAAACAUGGAUAUAUAACGAUGGUAACACUUUACAAUAACCAUCAUUUAUAAAUGGUAAAAUGACCAUUUAUAAAUGGUAAGCAGAUAAUUUAUUAAUAUUUAAUCAUCAUUUAUAAAUAUAGCAUAUGGACCAUUAAUAAGUUGUAAAUUUUACAAUUUUAAAAACCCAACCCUAAAUUUAAGUCAUUUCAAAGUCAUGUUUAUAGGUGGUUUAUAAACCAAAUAUUAAACAUUUACAAAGUGAUACUGACACACAUUUUAAUCUAGAUGUUUUACAACCAAUAUUUAAACCCUAUAUAAACCUUUAAUAAAUAGUCCAUUAAUAAUAAAUGAAAAUUAUUAAAAUUAUUAAAUUAUUAAAAUUUCAUUGCUUGUUAAUAGUAAAGCAACUGUUAACUUACAUUAAUAAACGAUCUAUUUGUCAUUUAUAAUCGGUCUAUAUGCUGAUUUUAAAUGAUAAUUAAACAUUAAUAAACAAUCUGCUGACCAUUUAUAAGUUAUGGUUUAUGUAAAGUGUUACCAUAAUGUUUUUUUCUUUUAAUGCUUUAAACUACACUCAAGCAGUCCUCAAGGUUAAUAAUCUCAAAACCCCGUACCUAAGUGUUUGGUGGAAAGACAACCUCACUAACUCAAGUUAGACUCUGUUUUCAUGUACAAGAAGAGUUAAAAAAUGUGUUUUGUAAAUUUUACUGAAGCCCCCCUGAUACUCUCAUAAUUUACUUGCAUUAAACUUGCUAUAUUCACGAUUAUGUUUUAUAUAUUUUAUUGAAAGAGUACCUCUUAUUGUCCGAAUUUCAUCUGUGCUAUUACGUAGUGAUUAGACUGAAAUGUAACAUUCACUGUGCUGCUGCCACAUGAACAGAUGUGGCACUUUCCCGGAAAUCGUCAAGUUUUUGGGGUUCUCACUGAAACAGCAUCCUUCUUAUAAAGAUUCAGUUUUAUGUUGUUUGAUGAAUAAACACUAGCUGGUUUAUAUGCAUUUAAGCCUUAACUUUGUUACUACUCUCGGGUCCAGGUUGUUGUGCUGACACUUCUCAGUUGCCCUUGAUGUCAUUAUAGCAUGAUAUAUACUUCUGUAAAUAAACUAUGUUAACUGUUAACCUGUUUUAUAAUAAAUAAUUCUAUUAUUAUGAGAAUAUCAGAA